AUAUAUAUAACGUAUUAUAUAUUAUUAUAAUUAAAAAAAACCAAUAAAAAUAAAACGAAGUGUUGUGUUUUAUUAACGCGUAUAUAGCAAUUAUUUAUUAGCGUUUAUUUUUAUGAGGGAACGAAGACAGAGAGAGAAAGAGAGUAAGUGAGUAAAUGUGUGAGUUGUAAGAGGGGGAAAAGCGGUAAAGAAGGAGAGUGAGGGGAGAAGUAAAGGAAGAGAAGAGUAAAGAGGCCGUGUGCGCGCGAGACAACGUCCAAACGACGCGCGCGUCACGUUACGAACGUUACUAAACACGACCACCAGUGUUUAUAUCCCUGGUAUAAAGUUAAUGUGUUACGAAGAGCAACGAAAUGAAGCUAACUCGAAAGUGUUUCGGAAACAUCACCAAGAUGUUGGACUUCUACUCGCAAUUCAACCCCUCGCCGCUUUCGAUAAAGCAGUUCAUCGAUUUCGGACUAAGCGCAUGCGAAAGGAAGUCUUUUAUAUUCUUAAGGAAGGAGCUACCAGUACGACUCGCUAAUAUUAUGAAAGAAAUUCAUUUAUUACCCGAUAAUUUAUUAAAAACGCCUAGUGUUGUAAUGGUCAAUAAUUUAUACGUCACUUCGUUCGAAGAAAUAAUACAUUUCGAAAAGUCCGAAGUUAACGAAAGUACUUUGGAUAAAUUUUGUCAAGCAUUAAUCAAAAUAAGAAACAGGCAUAGCGAUGUUGUUCAAACCAUGUCUCAGGGUGUUCUUGAAUUGAAGGAUUCUUACGACGUUGACAUUCAAACGGAAAACAGCAUCCAGUAUUUCCUCGACAGAUUUUUUAUGUCUAGAAUUUCAAUCCGUAUGCUUAUCAAUCAACACACUUUACUUUUUGGUGGGAUAUUAAACGGUCAUAGCAGACAUAUAGGAUGCAUAGACCCAUCCUGUGAUGUUAUUAGCGUUAUCAAAGACGCCUACGAGAAUGCACAGUUUCUAUGCGAUCAAUAUUAUCUGGCUAGUCCGGCAUUGAAUGUGAAGCAACAUAACGAACUUGAACGAGGAAAUGAAAUAAGAAUAGUUUACGUACCGAGUCAUUUGUAUCACAUGCUAUUUGAAUUAUUCAAAAAUAGUAUGAGAGCAGUUAUGGAAUAUCACGGAUCGGAAUCUGACAAUUAUUACCCGAUCGAUGUUACGGUUGUACGGGGAAAAGAAGAUAUAUGCGUGAAGAUAUCUGACCGUGGCGGUGGGAUACCUCGUUCGCAAACGGAUCAUCUUUUUAAGUACAUGUAUAGUACCGCGCCACAGCCGAGCAAGGCUGAUGCACAUACUGUCCCUCUAGCUGGCUAUGGUUAUGGUCUUCCAUUAUCACGUUUGUACGCUAGGUAUUUUCACGGUGACAUCGUUUUGCUAAGCUGCGAAGGUUAUGGUACUGAUGCGAUUAUUUAUCUCAAGGCACUUUCCAAUGAGGCAAACGAAUUGUUACCAAUAUUCAACAAGACUUCAUCAAAGUUUUAUCGGACCCCAGUUCCUACGGCUGAUUGGAGCAGUCAAUGUGGCGGUGGCAUGGCCACUAGACAACUCAGGAUGAGUUAUAAUCAAGGACACAGGUUACCUCACGGUAUGGAGUCAGAUACCUCGAAAUGAGCUUCGGACAAGAUAAAUAUCCAGUAAUGGCAUAAUUAUUAGCAAUCUGAGAUAUCGAAAUCUAUGGAUACUAUAAUUUCGAUGUUAUCGCGAGAUAUAGAGAUUUUAACGUACGAUUAGCUCCUGUAAGAGAUAUAUUUACGGCAUAAAUAAAAAAAAAGUCAACUUAGAUUUUUUUUUAAUUUUAACGUCUCAUCUUACGUAUUGUAAAUUCAUGUGAGAUAUUACAUAUCAAAAGGAAAGAAACAAAAAACAACCCCUCAAUAGAUAUUCGCCCGAAUUGUUAAAUUUUGUUAUUUUGACAAAAGAAUAAUAUUUAAUCGAGUUUUAUUAAUUUUAAACAAACAAUCAUCGAAUAAAUCAUUGUCAUCGAUGGUGGAUCGCAUAGUAAGCAAAAUAAUAAAAAAAAAACAGUAACAAAUGAUGAAUCAACCGUAUCUCUACUUAAAGAAUUGUACAUAUAUGAUUUUUGCUUACUCGAUCAUUUGUUUCCUCUUAUUUUAAGGUCAACGAUGAAUGGGAAGCAUUUAUCUUGACAACGUACGACGCAUUUUUUAAUUGAAAAAGAUAAAUAUAUAUAUUAUAAAUUCAAAUAUCAGUUGAUAAAGAAUUAAAAUCCAUAUUUAUUAUUUUUGUGGAUUCUAUCAAAUAUACGGAUACCCACAAAAUGCAGACUGUGAUGUAGUAGGCAAUUUUAAUUUUUAAUUAUUAAUAGACGAAAAAAAAACUUGUUAAUUGUUAACAACGCUGCACAACGCGUGUGUAUAUCUCAUAUGUAUUAAUAUUUAAAAGGAAAA